AUGACAUAUCCAGAUAAGAGCAAUAACUCGGUCAAUUCCCUCCUUGCCCUUCUCCGUUCAGCGCAAGAUGGAUCUUCUUCCACACCUUCCCCUUCCCCUUCCACUUCAUACCCUAUCUCCCAGGCUGCUCCGACUCAGCAAAUGCCAAAUAGGCCAAAUGUACCUUCCAAAAGGCAAUUGGAUGAUUUGCUAUCCUCAUUGAACGCUAAUUCUACGCCAAAAGCCGAAUCACCAAGAAAGACAACCUUGAUAGAACCUUUCGGUCCUGUAGGUCAGUGCGCCGGUCCAACCAGAUCACCUUUUGAUCCACAAGCGCAUACCACUUCAAUCACAAAUAAUCAAAGUGGAAAUACCUGGGAUGCUGCACCUGCAAGUCAUGGAAGAGGGGAAGGAACAGGAACACCGCCUAGAAAAAAGAGGAAACCGUCAGAAAGGAUAAACGAGCAAGGCUAUGGUAUGAUGAGUUUUGGAAAAGCUUUACCUAUCUUAUCUGAACUACUGGAAGACGAUUCGUUUAAACUGGAGUUGAAGAAAAUGAAAAAAGAACAAGAUACGUUGGAAAGACGUCUGUGGGCUAAAGGGGAGAAAGUAAAAGCAGAGCAUGAGAGGAGUAUACAAGCUGAGAAGGAAAUAGCGAAGAUUGCAAGAAAAGUGAUACCUCCAGAAAAGAAAGCUGCUUGGGCCAAAUCACUUACUUCCGCUCUUGACACUUUUCACCUGGAACAAUGUCUUCCUGCGAUAGACGGUCUAGCUCUUCGUCAAAAACAGAGAUUGAUACAACUUGGUGUACCUGGCUUAAACGAAGAUGGGGAAAAGGCUAAUGAGAGGAUUAAGAGAAUUAUGGAACUACUCGAAGCGGGAUUGGAGGAAUAA